UUUAGUUUUUGUCAAAUGUUGUUGUUGUUGAUACGAAGCAGAAGCACAUGUUUGUUCGCUCGCUUGCCAAGUUUAAUAGUCUAUUUCAAAUUUUAGGAACUGAAUAAGGAUGAGUAAAAUUAUUUCACAUCCUGCUACUACAUCGAGGAAGAGGCGAGCUCAAAAUGAAUUGGAAAAAGCAUCUGCAGACAGUGAACAAACCAUUAAAACAGACAAGGAAUUAAAGAGAAAAAAGAAGCAAUGUCCAAAUUUUCGAUUGAAGGCAAAUGGUGAGAAUGCUUCUUUGUCAAUUGGAAGCAGUGAAAGAGUUCCGUUAACGCUUACGGACAUUCAAUAUUUGUUGUUACACUCACUGCUGGGGAAUCUUAAUCUAACUGAUUCACCGCGUUGGUACGUUCUGGACAGGUGUGAGGGAAUAAAGAAAACAGCUUGUUUAAUUUUGGAAGGCAUAUCUAUAGAACACUGGAAUACAUACUGUAGUGAAUAUGAAAACACAAAAAAUAUAUUUAAUGAUUUGGUUGAAGUUUUAACUCCAUCCAUUUAUGGAGGUUCACUUGUCCAAGAACUUGCUCUAGUACCAUUAUCAGAGUCUGAAAAGGAUACUAUCAUUCAAAAAUAUGGGAGCAUGAACUUAGCACUUGAAGCCAGGAAAGAUCUAAACAUAAUGAUGAAGGCUGUGUUUCCUAUUGGUGAGGAAAAUGCAAAUGAAGUUGUUUCAACAACGGAAGACAAAUUUCCUAGAACCCAACUAGUCUUAUCAGCUUGGCAGUUGAUAGAGGAAAACUAUCCAUUACCUUUGAAGGGAAAAUUAAGUGAUGCAUAUGCAGACUAUGUACUCACUAAAGAUGAAUAUGCACCAGUUACUGCAUCAUCACCAUUGUUUGGCAUUGACUGUGAAAUGUGCUUAACCAAUGCAGGUUCAGAACUGACUAGGAUUUCAGUGGUAAAUGAAAAGCAUGAAUUAGUGUAUGAAUCGUUAGUGAAGCCUUACAAUAGUAUAACAGAUUAUUUAACCAGGUUUUCAGGUAUUACAAAAUCAUUAUUAAGCAAUGUUACUAAACGUCUCCAAGAUGUCCAGAAUGAUUUAAGAGAGAUAUUACCUCCAGAUGCUAUUUUAGUGGGCCAGUCACUAAACACAGACAUGCAUGCCUUAAAAAUGAUGCAUCCAUAUAUUAUUGAUACAAGUUUACUGUAUAAUUUUGCUGGUGAAAGAAAUCGAAAACCUAAACUCAAAACUUUGGCAAGAGAGUUCUUACAAGAAAAUAUUCAAAUGGGUAAGGAUGGUCACUGCUCCACUGAAGAUUCUUUAGCAGCAUUAAAAUUAGUACAGUUAAAACUUAGUAAAAGCCUGGAAUUUGGAGAUGCUGUGCAUACAAAUAGAGAGAAAUUUAAAGAGAAUAUUAUAAGAAUGGUAAAAACACCACAGUAUGCCUUGUCCAUAUUUAAUCAUAUGCUGGAACAGAAGAAAUCAUCUGUUAUAAUAGGCUGUGAUGAUAUAACUGGUGACUAUCACACAUACUUAACCCAAGCAAAGGAAAGCAUGUCUGCUCAUCUAAAAAAGGGUAAUCCUAAGAAGAUUAAACUGGCAACUGUUGACAGUGUGGAUGAAGUAAUUUCAUCUUUCACUGAAUCUGCAAAGGAUUACAACUUGACAAUGGCUCAUUUGAAACUUAAUUUUGGUGCUGAUGAGAAUAGAGAAGCCAUGAAGAAAAUUGAUAUGUGGAUUAAAACGAUUUGGGAUAGUCUUGUGUCAUCCUCUCUGUGUGUUAUUGUGUUUGGUGGGACUACAAACAGCAAUGGACUGGCAUUAGUGAAAGUGAAAAAUACAUAAUUUAUUUUGUCGCAUGUAAAUAGCUUUAAGUUUUAAAAAGAUAAAAAGUAUUUACCAAA